AGUCACAUAAACACCAACAUCCGAGCAACUGGAACCAAGAAGAAGAUAGAUUCUGUCAGGAAAGACUUCGGGAUUGAUAACCAAAUCGAAAAAAUGGCUUUUGUGUCCAAUGGUGAUGAUUUAUUUGACCCCAUUAUCAUGGCCGAUAACAGGUUUCAUGUUGAAGGUUAUCAGGAAGGGUUUGAGGAGGGAACUCGACAGGGAACCAUCGAGGGUCGAAACCACGGGCGGCUGCACGGAGCCAAACUCAGUGCUGAGGUGUCUUUUUAUAACGGAUUUGCUCUUGCCUGGAAAUGUCUCCUUCAAAAUGACAGUGAUGUUAAAGCGAGAAAAAGGCUGAAAGCUAUGGAGUCUUUGAUCGGAGUGAUCCAGAACUUCCCAUACGAAGACCCUCAGUAUGAGAAACUCCAAGAGGACAUGGAAAGAGUGCGUGCCAAAUUUAGACAGGUGUGCUCUUUACUGAACGUGUCCGCGGACUUUAAAGAAUAUGUCGGUGGAUCAACAGGAAUGUCUUUUUGAGACAACAGGAGUCUUCCAGCAGUUGUGGCAAACUCAUUAUGAUCAUCUGCAGAGGCCGCGGCUCGAGAUGAGGCAGCUUUUGGUGUUCGCAUGCAGUGUGUACAGGCGUGGACCGUCAUCACUCGCUCUGGAGUCGUACGGCAGUUCUUAAUACUGAAUUCUAGACAACACUCAGUGGUAUUUUUAGGAGUUUGGUGGUUUUAAAGUGAGACAUUAAGGGUGAAAUAGCAAUGGCAGUCACUGUCGUACACAAGACAAACCAAAGUCACUGUCUUUAUAAGAAUAUUCCAUCUUGCAAAGUUAUUUUUAUUAUUUUUAACCCUUCCGGUGUGCAGAGGAAGGACUUUAAUCUGUAUACAGAGUGUAUUUAUGCAUCUUUAAUAUACAGUGCUGUUCAAAGAACUCCAUCUUGUGGUGAAAUUGGAGAAUUGUUCUUGCAGUUAUGUGGCUCCCCCUGCUGGUGAACUGCAAGUACUGCAAGAAUUGUCACUUUUGAAAUCGAUAAAUGUAGCACUGACAGUUUUUGCAGGAGAUGCUGUACAAGUUUUGACGUAAAAUGCAUAUUAUUAGGCAACAAUUAUUUUUUCUUUAAAGGAAAUGUUUUUUUUUUUUUGUCUAAUUGUGUUAAAUGAUUUCGAAUGGAAAGACAAUAAAGUAGUUCAAUAUAAAAUGAA